CAGUGGACCUACUCUACUCUGCUCCGCUCUGCUGCCCUCCCUUCCCCUCCCUUUCUGUUCCCCCGCCCCUCCCCCCUCGCGAAGCCUCGAGGUUUGACUAUUCUCCGUGCCUCGGAUCUCGCAGUAAUUGGGCUGCUUGAUUUCCCACCACAGGACAAAUCCCAAGUCCGACGUUUCUGCUCCGAACUGAAGCUGGCCGCUUGGCUCAGCUCAGCUCAGCUCAGCUCAGUUCAGUUCAGUUCAGUUCAGCUGCAGCUUAGACUGAGUUCGCGCUUCGGUCGGAAUAAGACACUUGCCUUUAACCUUGAGUGAUCGAGCUGCGAGUGUGGCUGUCCUUCUCCCCCGUCUCUCUUUGAAUAGCCGGAAGAGAAUCUACCUCGUUGACGGCUGUAGAGAGGAUUUAGGCCCGAAGUUCUGCGCCCCUUCUUCCGCUGGUUACAAUAAUGUGCGGGAUGCUCUUUCAGUGGACGGAUUUCCGAGGCAUUCCCGUCCCGGUGCUGGACAGGAUGGCUAGCUGGUUCCAGGCAUGUCUUUCACUACCGCAAGUCAUUGUCAUCUGCUUUGUACAGAAUUAGAAGAAUCCAAGGAAGGGGCUGCAAGACUCAUCCGGUGCAGGAGUCGAAGCACCCAGUUAUAUACUGCGGGCUCCGCUGAAGAAUGAGUAUAUCCCGCAGUCCUCUGCCCAGUCCCCGCUCCGACGCCCCGCUAGAGGGCAGCAGCUGCUCGGAGUAUCCCACUCAUAUUUAAUAUGGCCGUGGGCCUGUGAAAUUUUUCGCUCUGACCGAGACACUGAAGGCUCGCUGCUUCUGCUGCGGCGCUGCUGUUGAUCACAACUCGAGAAGCUCGUAUCUGAGGGAGCCAAUUGAGUUUGCUUGUGCCGUGGCACGAUGAGGGCUCAGCAGGUGCUCGCAGUCUGCCUUCUGGCGGCUGCUGCAGCAGCUAUCUCGUUCUCAAUAGUAGACGCAGCGACCGUGGCCGCGAAAAAGGUUCCUCAAACAGAUGCCGAAAUUGAACAGGAAUUUCAGGAAUGGAUCGGUCGGAUGGGCGAGAAGCAGAGCUCCAAGGUGCAUGUGAACGGGCCCAAGGGCGUGCACUACGCCACCGCGAAUGCUGAUUCUGAGAUCAAGUACAUUGUGGUCGACAAGAGUGGCAAAGGAGACUACAAGAGUGUCAACAAGGCCAUCAAGGCAAUCCCCAAGGAUGCCAAGGAGCGCUACAUCGUUCACGUCAGGGCUGGAACCUACAAGGAGCAUGUCAAAAUCCCCUCGGGAAUGGGACCCAUCACACUACAAGGAGAGGGACACACGAAGACGAAAAUCACUUACAACUUGGACGCUACCAAGGCCGGCGGUACUCUCAAGAGUGCAUCCGUCUCAGUAAAAUCUGAUAACUUCAUUGCCAAGGACAUCGCCUUCGAGAACUCGUCACCACAACCUGAGCCCGGUGCGGUCGGCAAGCAAGCCGUGGCCUUCGAGAUAUCAGGGGACAAGGCUGCCUUUUACCGGUGCGCAUUCUAUGGGUUCCAAGACACUCUCUACGACAGAUAUGGCCGACAUUACUUCAAGGAUUGUAAGAUCGUAGGAUCAAUCGAUUACAUUUUCGGAAAUGGACAAUCCUACUACGAGACUUGCGAGCUGCAAUCCGUGGCCAAGACAUUCGGCUCUCUCUCGGCGCAAAAGCGCAUGUCAGCGGAGGAAGAAACCGGGUACUCUUUCGUCGACUGCACCGUGAAGGGAACUGGAUACUUGUACCUGUCCAGAGCGUGGGGACCCUACUCGAGAGUCGUCUUCAUCAGAACAUACUUCGACCCCAUCAUCCGCCCCGAAGGCUGGUACAACUGGGGAGUUCCCGGCCGAGAGAAGACUGUGUUCUACGGAGAGUACAAGUGUUACGGCCCAGGAGCCAACAGGAAGGACCGCGAGUACUGGUCGUACGCUCUGACCGAUAGUCAAGUGGCCCCCUUCCUGACUGUGGACUGGGUCGACGGUAGCGACUGGAUCCCAAGGGGUCCCCAGUAAUCACUCAAACUUCAGAUCGGAGAAAAUACGUAGUGCUGUUAAUUCGUUCGAAUUUGCAAUGUCCACGAUCACGACCACGAUCAUUCCCAGAUGCUCGACGCCGGAUGAAUUUCCGCAGCAAAUUAUGGUCGGAGACUGCGACUUUUGGAAGAGCUUGUACAUCACAGAUUGACAGAUUGUAGUAUUUAUUACAUUGCAUAGCAUUGCUUUCGCCAGGGCGAUAGAAUUCUUCGUAGACGAAAUCCUCAAAUGUUUUGUCUCCCUUGAGAAGCAAAGUCGCUCAUUUCGAGCGACUUAUUUAUUGCGUACGGAAAUGAGAAUAAAGAAAAGUGUGAAUUUCCAAC